AUGACUACCCUCCCAUCAUCUAAUAUCAGUAAAGGAUGUACAAGAAACCACUGCUUGUAUGGACUGGAUGCUGACCUGAUCAUGCUCGCUUUGGCAUCUCACGAACUCCACUUUUCGAUUUUGCGUGAGGAUGUGUUACGAUCGACCCAGCCAGAAAAUUGCAUCCCUCUAUCUAAAGAACUGUUCAAAACUGAAGAUUCCUCAAGAAAAUGUAGAGGAUGGUUCCCCCGCAUGACAGAAACAACUGCUAGUAGGGACAGGUCUCCCAAGAAACCUUAUCAGUUUUUGAACAUAUGGGUUCUGAGGGAGUACCUGGAGCUUGAUUUGAAGAUACCAAACCCGGUUGUCAAAACGGAUAUCGAGAGGCUAAUAGAUGAUUUCAUAUUUAUCUGUUUCCUGACAGGAAAUGACUUCAUUCCACAUAUUCCUUCAGUUGAAAUUCAUGAGGGUGCAAUUGAUCUGCUGUUGGAAGUGUACAAACAAGCAUUUAACAAAAUGGGGGGCUACAUUGUGAGCACCGAGAAGUUAAAAGACAAACAUGCUGCAUAUCUUAAUGUUUCGAGGUUGGAAAAGUUUUUUCAUGAACUGUCCUUGUGUGAAGAGAAAAUUUUUGUUAAAAGAUAUGAACUGCGAGAGAGGUUACAGCGCAAUUUAGUGCGCCGAGCUGCAGAGGAAUGGAAAGAAAGAAACUAUGACAAUAUGGAAGAAAAUCCUGAUGGUCCAGACUUGACAGUAAAGUCUUCUUCAACAAACGGUGGUAUUUGCACCAACAGCCAAGAUGAGUCAGAUGUAACUGCAAAUACCUUGGAGCUGAGGCGAAACUUAAAGGAUACUCUUCGUAACAAGCAAGACCUUGUAAAAAGUGGAGCCUGUAAACAUGAUGCGAUAAGAUUGGGAUUUGCUGGGUGGAAAUCUCGAUUCUUCAGGGAAAAGUUUGGUGUGGAAAAAUCUAAUGAAGUUGGGAAGCUGAAGAAUGACAUGGUUCAAAAGUAUCUGGAAGGACUUUGUUGGGUGCUGCGGUACUAUUUUGCAGAUGUGCCAUCAUGGAGCUGGUACUACCCCUUCUAUUAUGCUCCUUUCACAUCUGAUUUUGAAGGACUAUCACAGUUCAAGAUAUCUUUCAACGCUGAUAAGCCACUAAGACCAUUUGAUCAGCUCAUGGCAGUUCUUCCAAAAGAAAGCUCAUGUGCACUACCAAAGUGUUACAGAGAACUGAUGGAAAAUGAAGAGUCUUUGAUAAAAAAAUUCUACCCGUCAGAUCUACAGAUUGAUACCCAUGGGAAACGUUUCUUGUGGCAAGGUAUCGCAAUGUUGCCAUUCAUCGAUGAAAAGCUGCUGACUUCGGCUACUAAGACGGUGGAGGACAAACUUGCAGUGCAUGAGAUAAAUAGAAACACAGUUCGGCAAGACAAGAUCUUCUUGAGGAACUCAAAUACUACGCCAAAUGGUUCAGCUUUUGUGGAGACAUCCGACUGUUCAUCAAAAAUGCUUCUGUUGGAUCCAUCUACCAGUGAACUUGGAGGGCGGCUGUCGCCUGUUGACGACAAUAGUAUAAGCUGUGGCUUCUUCCGUUCACCGAUAAGAGAUCUACAGGACAUUAGGAACGACCAGACAAUAUCAUUCUUGUUCUCCAACCCAGAACCAGUGAAAAUCAUUCCAAGACUACUUGAUAAUGUCAAAAAACCUGAAAAGAAUGUAACUGAAACUGAGAUUUCAAAGAGGCCGCUGUGGCACACCUAUCCUGGUAGCUGGCCGCCGCCUGAAACCAUCCCAACCAUGGCAGAACCGCAGCCGAUGAUCAGCGGCUUUGGACGUGGGAGAGGGAGAGCCAUCGCUGCCGAGACAGCACUGCCUGGCCGUGGCCACGAGAGAAGUUUCUAUGGGGCUGGCAUGGUGCAGCAGGGUUGGCGCCUACACAUUCGGAAGCGCUUGUGCAGGAAGAGGGCAGAACAAGGCUCCAUUGAACAACAAAUCGACUUUGCACAAUAA